AUGUCCGGUAAGCGACAAAGACUCGCAAAGUCCCCCAAGCAAUCCCAGCUCGUUCGAGACCAAGCACCCCCAAAGCGCGACCGACGCCGCGACACCACGCAUUCUGCAGCACCAACUAACAGCAACGUCUCAGGCGAAGCGGAACCUCGACGAUCGGUACGCGCCACUAAAGGUCAGCAUACGAAAUCAUUCGACGAACUUGAGCCUGCGACCGUGCCCAAAAAGCGACAGACUAAGAAGACCAAGAAAGCCAAGGAGCAGGAACAGGAACAGGAACAGCAGCAAGAACAAGAGGAAGAGGAGGAAGAUGAACUGAUCCGUUGUGUAUGCGGCGCCACCGAACAAGAUGAAGAUUCAGGUGAAGCCUGGAUCGCUUGUGAAACCUGCGGCGCAUGGCAGCAUAACGUCUGUGUAGGGGUAAGCUCAUUCGAUGACGAGAUCCCUGAACAUUACUGGUGUGAGCAAUGCCGACCGGACGAUCACAAGGAGCUCCUCGAUGGCAUAGCUAAGGGGGAGAAACCUUGGGAAGCUCGGCGCAAAGCACAUGAAGAGGAGUCCAAGAAGAAGAAGCGUGGCGGACGAAAAGGCAAAGGCAAACGUCACAGCGAGACCAAGGAGGAAGAUAAGACUAAAGCGAAGUCUUCUCCUGUGCCUGUUCCGGACGCAACCAAAGAUAAGAAAGAAACAAAAACGGGGAAGCGAAAAGCCCGCGAAGAGUCUCAUGACGCUGAUAGCAAGUCUGCCAAGGUUCGUCGCAUAUCAGAGAACGGUGCAACUCCUGUUCCUGUCUCCUAUACACCACCUGAUGACCUCGCCAAGUCGAUAUCAGAUCUGCCUGGUUCUCGGACAGGCCCAGCUAAAGCCAUGAGCAAGUCUAUCAGCCAUGUUUUGACAUCGAUGCAGAAGCAGGGCGAACUGGACCUUGAAGAGGGCAACACAAUUGAGUCUAUGACCGAGACUUUCUCGCUUCAGAUCGAGCGCGCCGUCUAUGAUUCUUACCCUGUGACUAAGGGACAGAAAGAAUACAACCAGCAAAUCAAGUCACUAAGCUUCAACCUGAAGAACAACCCGGAGUUGUGUCAUGGACUGGUUCAUAAGACUCUGUCCCCCGCAGCUCUGGCUACCAUGACAUCAGAGCAGCUUGCCUCGUCGGAAAUGAAGAAGCAGACUGCUGAGAUGAAAGCCAAGGCCGAGAAACAGUCUAUUCUCUAUACUUCUGAGACGGGCCCUCGCGUUCGACGAACACAUAAGGGCGAAGAGGUCGUUGACGACGAAACAUUUGUCAACGACUCUGCUGUGCCCCUCCCACCAGGACCCCCUCGUCGACCAGAGCCUCAGGCCGUUAAGAAGGAACCUACAGGAGGCGACAAGGCGGACCUGGCUUCACACCCACAGCAGCAGGACGAUAAGCAGCGAUCGCCAAGUCAUCCUGAUUUCGACAUCAACGAAGUCUUCUCCAGUGUCAAGUCUCCCACUACAACUCAGAAUAGGCGGCCUUCGGCUCUGGUAACUGGAUCCAAUGGCCCGGGCGUGGAUCCCGAUGUAGAUCGCAUGCUCCAAGAUGAGAACGAGUCACCCCCUUAUUCGCCCACAGAGGAGACUCAAGACCCCGAUGUCAUCUGGCAGGGCUCUCUUGCUAUGAGCUCGAUUGCUGACUUCCCAGCGACAGCCAAGUAUAUCGGUGGUGCCAACUUUGCUUCAGUUGGACCGUGGUCCAAGUUGAUUCCUAAGAGGAUGACGGUGGCCGGACGAAUCCCCGAACAAAGUGCUAUCGAAUACCUAUGCAGUCUUCGCUACAGCAACAGUACCGAUGUCAUUGUCGUUUCAGUUUCACCGGUCUCGCCUUUUUCUCAUACUGAGUUUCACAAUCUUCUUAACUACUUCACCAGCAAGAAGCGGUAUGGCGUAAUUGGAGAUAAGACAAUCGUUCCUGCAGGGGAAGACAACUAUCCCGAGUUUAUGCUCAACCUGGUUGAUAAUAAGAUCCCCAAGGUCCGGACGGAACCCAUCUUGCUGGCAGUAUUUGUUUAUCAUAACGAGCCUGACCAGCUCAAACAUCUGAAGGAUGGGACUGCCAAUCAACAAGACGCCAAAGCCCUGGGAACACCAGUGCCUGCAGUACAUGCUCAGAGAAGCAACUCGACAGCGUCCGCCGGCCCGGCAUUCUCUCCGGCGACCCCCCAGGCCCCUCAGGGAGGGUUUCAAGGAGGCUUCCCUCAGCAAUCAUCACCAGGCCAAUGGCAGUCUACAACUCCUGUGCCAAUUCCCCAGCCACCGUACACUCGGCCACCAGUGCCACCACAAGCUCCAACACCGGCACCUGCAGCUGCGCCAGCACAGAUGUUAGAAGCACAAAGGCACCAGGCUCAGCAGGCAGGCGUGGCCAUGGCACACGAGCUCCUGGGACCCUGGAUAACAUCCCCAACCAUGGCCCGCAAGGAGUGGGAAGUCGUAAGGAGGCAUCUUGCAAGGGGCGUGCAGGAGUUGGGCAACGAAGGCUUCCACACGGCGGUUUUGUUUUUUCCUUCAUAUGGGCUAGGCGGCAUGCGAUCUUGUGGAGCUGGUAACUACCUGAAGUAUCUAAAACUACGGUCGAACAUCUUUGCAUUGCAACACAGGUUUCCCAUAUUCUCUACUUACACAUCAUUUAUCCUCACUAGCUCCCUCGGUCUUAAGAGCGUGCCGUACUCCGAGUUCAUAGCAUUCAUAGCAGGGAUAUCAGUAAUUCUAGUCAGGUUUAGUGCUACGAAAUAUUCAAAUUUGAUUUUGCACAACAUGCCUAUCACUGUUAUUCUCGGAGCCCAAUGGGGCAAGGGCAAAUUGGUUGAUGGACAGUGCCAGGAGGCGCAACUCUGUGCCCGAGCCGCGGUAAGCACAAUGCAGGCAGAAACCGAAUACCUGCUAAUCAACGUCAAGGGUGGAAAUAACGCUGGACAUCUCGUGCGUGUAAACGGAGUUUCGUAUAGGAUAUUGAACGUUCAAGCCGGCAACAGCGAGGCUGACAAGUACCAUAGCAUGAACUUCAUUGGCUCGGGCGUAGUUUUCCAUGUCCCAAGUUUCUUUAGCGAGCUCAAGGAGCUUGAGAAAAACCUGACCGCGGUACAUGAUCGGAUCCUUGUUUCUGACAGGGUCAAUGUUCUCUUGGACCUGCACAUCGCAGUGGAUGGUCUCGAGGAGGAGGAACUCGGAGCUAUCGGAACAACAAGACGCGGCAUUGGUCCCUGCUAUCAGACAAGUAGAGCGCGAACUGGCAUCAAAAUGACCGAUGUCUUCCACCCUGAAGUUUUCGAGCAGAAGUUGAGGCGCUUAGCCGACGGCUUUCAAAAGCGCUUCGGAGAACUGCUCGAAUACGACAUCGAGGCCGAGCUUGCUCGUUUCGAUGAGUACAGGCAAACACUCAUACUGACGCAUUGGACAUAUUGCUCAUUUGAGCAAUCACUCUGCUGGCGGAACCCAACAAGGGGUCUGCGCUGUAACAAGCUGUGUAUUAUGUUCACGCCUCGGCAGAAUUCGGGAGUCAUACGGAGACCUGGCUUCUACUCAUCUACUGGCUGGCUGUCGAGAGUGGCACUGAUGCUAGAUGUUGAUUAUGGUUCUUAUCCAUUCGUCACUUCCUCAAGUACUACGCUCGCUGGUAUUAUUGGUGGACUUGCACUGAACCCAAAGAAUAUCACGGAGACGGUUGGAGUGGUCAAGGCUUAUACCACCCGUGUCGGGGCCGGGGCCUUCAAGACCGAAGAUACCGAAGAGAUUGGCACCAAGCUCCAGGAGAUUGGACGCGAAUGGGUGAGACCACAAGCGCCCUGGAGGUUUCUAGCUUCUACCGCUGACAAGACUUACCUAGGGAACGUCGACUGGCCGCAGACGCCGAUGUGGAUGUACAGUAACUCGAUCAAUUACUACGACAGCCUGAAUCUCACAAAGCUCGACGUUUUGGAUACUUUCGAAACGAUCAAGAUUGCCAUUGCCUACAAGAUCGAUGGAGAGGAACUGGAUUCUUACCCUGCAGAUCUUGAAAUCCUGAACCGAGCGGAGGUGGUUUACCACGAGAUGCCAGGCUGGCAAAAGCCGACCACCAACGCGAAGACCUUCUACGACCUCCCUAGGGCGGCCCGCGAUUACGUUGAGGUGAGCAUAUUUACCUGGGCUAGCAUAACGAACAGUGGCACUGACCACCAGCAGUACAUCGAGAAGUUUGUUGGAGUCAAGAUCAAGUACAUUGGCACCGGUCCUGACCGUGAGGCCAUGAUCCAGCGUGCCUAA